AUGACACAACACAACACAACACAACACAGAAAACUGGAGAUAGGAUGGCCACGGGGCGGGAUUUGUCCGGGCAAACUCGCGAAAAAAACAUUCGCCCCCCACAUCAGUUUAGGUUGGCAAGAGAGGUGGGAGUGCUACGCGAAGUGCCUUGAGCUGGCAACAUCUUUUCGGAUCAGGAUAAUUAUCAUCAAAAAGGUCAAAAUACCCCCCAUAACGGAGGACAACUUGUCAACUGGCGGGGGAUUACCGCUGAGGUUGCUGAUGGACGAUGAGGAGGAGGACAUGUUCAGGCCCAUCUCGCGCUGCUGGGGCUCCUCCCCUUUCGUGGACGUCACCUUCGAGGACCGCGCCACACAGACCAACAGCUCUGCCAUCGUGCUGCCCAGGAGAGCGGGUGGGGGUGGGGGUGGCAUGCUGUCCUGCCGGCUAGCACAGGAGCCCGGGCCCUUUCUACGAGGCAACGCUGGCUUUCGGUGGCAUUUCCCGGCGCUGUUCGAGCCCAGUCGGGGCCUGGGGCGCCUGAGGGCCCUGGAGGAGGACGUGCCGGAGGAGGAGGCCCCGAGGCCGCGGGAGGUGCGGAGGAGGAGGAGACGGGAGCAGGAGGAGGUCCAGGAGGAAGAGGAGGAGGAGGCACAGGGGGAAGAAGGCCCCCGAUUACGGCAGGAGCAGGCGCCGGGGGCAGAGGAGCGUGGUGGGGAGGCCCCCUUGAGCGUGGAGGCCCAGAUCGGCCGAAAGCUGCGGGACAUCGGGGACCACUUCAACCAGGAGCAGCUACAGCUGUUUGCCAGACACCAAAGAGAUCAUCUGCCGCUGUGGUGGCGAAUGGGGGCAGCGGUUUUCGGCUACCUGCUCCAGAGGGUAGACCUGGCCCCUGGGCACCAUGGCAACCCAAGAUGAGGGGGGCGGCUGCUGCAGGCGAGGGAGGAGGGGCGAGCGAACCCUUAACCCCACACUUUGGAGGGGGGGCCCCCAGAGGAGCAGCGUGCCCCUUGAGACUUUUUAAACCUUUCUGAUGGCACUGUAGAACGGAACAAUGGAUGAGAUGACUGAGUUCACAAGAAACGGACCAAGAGGAGGAAAGAAAGACGACAAGAUUUUGGGAAGGGAGGGGUGGAAGAGGGAGAGGGAGGGAGAGAGAGAGAGUGGUCACCGCGGGCCGGAGACUGGAUCUUUUCUUCUUUUUUUUUCUUUUUUAUUCUUUGGGUUGAUCUUUUUUUUGUUCAAAGAAGAAGCCAUUCUGUAUGAAGAACUAUUUUUAAUGAAAUAUAAAACUAAACGUAAGAUGAAGUAUUUUGUUCAGUAUGUUGAGACGUUUUCUCUUUUUUUAUUUGUUUGUUUGUUUUUUUAUGUGUUGAUCUUUAAGUACUUUUGAUAGUUCAGCUAUUGCCUUACUCCUUCCUACAGUGGAAUGAUGUUUGAAAAUGAAAACAACAAAAAAGGACAAAAACAAGAAAAAUGGCAACAUGACAAUGGAGAAAUGGAAGAAAGGGGAAAAGAAGGCAUGUUUGAGAUUCCGGGCGGAAACAUCUGAACAUUUCGGACAUGACCACAGUGCACUGUCAAAUAUGACUGUAGUCGUGUACGGUUCCUUGCUGGCUUAUUUGGAGUGGUUGCUCUUCUGUGGUACUAAAUUGUUCUUGAAGACGAAAGGUCAGUUUGACUCUCCUUGCCAGUGGCUGAUGACUGAGAUUUUUCCUUUCUGUUAUUUCUAUUGUCUUGACAGUGUGUCUUAAUCUGCCAGCGGUCUUUAAGCUUGGGUCCAUGUUGGACUUUUGAAGUCCUCAAUACCGCUGGCUCUAUGGUGUCGCAGGUGUAAUAUCCUGUAGCCUGUAGGUUGGGUUUUUUUACCGCACAAACUGGAAAGAUAAAAUUGUCUUCAGAGCCAUUUCCUGUCUCUUGUGGCCGUGACCAGCCUUUAUAACCACAAGAACUCUCUUGUAAAUUAUCACUGAUAAAAAAUGUGUUGGUUUUUUUCUGAAAAUGUUCUGUGAACAAUUUUUCUUACCUGAAAUGAAGCAGUUAAUGCAUUUUUUUGAAAUGUUGAUGAACAUGUACUGUGAGCACAAAAUAAUUUUGAGUAGAGAUAUAAAAAACAAAGCUAUUGAUAAAUCAAAUCAGACUCAACCUGUGGUGGUUUUAAAGGUGCUAAUGUUUGGUUAUGACACAGUUCGACCACUUUUAUACAUGUUCUCUUUUUAAAAAGACCUUGAACAAUCGAACCCGUGUACACAACUGAGUGUAUGUUGAGGAGGAUGAGGUUUCUUUUUUUGUCUUGUAUGAUUCUCAACAAACACUCUUUUUUAACAGGUCUAAUUGUCCCUGUAGUGAGGGCAUGAGUCUGCCCUGGUCCUCUGGAGCUUAUACUAGAUGGCUAUGAUGGAGGCAGUCUGGCGGUGGCUCCUUUUCAAAACCUUAAAAGAUCAAAUGCUGUUGCUGCAGUCAGAUGAGCACAAACCGUGGCAGAUUACCAUAAGAUGUAAAGAAUCGAUCUUUGAAUCGACUACUUUGCCUUAUUUGUGUAAUCUCUGCCCACAGUUCCUUAGUUUAGACAAGAGACCACUGUGGUGGAUGAGGGUACAGGUUUAGAGUUAAAUGAAAUUACAGAGAAGACCGUUUUAUGAAGAUUUCAGAAAACAGAAACAUGACAUUUAUAUUGAGAUAUUUUUUACAAAACUGAUUGAAAGCUUCUGCUAUGUUUUAGAUUCCUAUUCUUAGUUACUAUGAGUUUCCAAUAGUGUAAAACACAUGUCUAGAGUCAGAGACAUUAAAAAACAAAUAACAAUAGUAAACUUGCCUCUGUUAAAAAAAAACGAAAUAUCUCAGGGGGUUGGUUCAUUAAGACGUCGGAAGAAUUUCACUGUCCCAAACAUCCAGCUUUCUUUUUUUGUAAAGUCAAGACUGAAUGACAUUGAAUGAACACAGACAUUCAUAUCACCUUUUGACAGCAUUCAAGUAGUAAUUGCGUCAGUACAUUUUGGACAAUUUCAGAGGUUUAACAAACUCUAUAACAUUUCCUGUGGUAAUGCUGACAACACAGUCCUUCAACUGACGUGGUGUAGUCAGAUUGUUUUGGGUUUUUUCACCACACAUACUGCGUUCAUUCUUUUGUCACUCCUUCUCAGUCUCUUAUGUUUUUUUUUAUAUGAAUAUAUUAUUUGCCGGAAGUCAUUGACGUUUUUUAAAAAUAAUUUAUUCUAAUUUAUUUGGUGUUUAUUUACUCAGUGCUACAAUAUAUUCGGAUUAUUUCUGGACAUGUGCAGAUUCCGUGUGUGCAUUCAGUAUGGGUUACUUCAGUUUGGUGUGCCUCUUAAAACUGUGGGUCAGAGAAUAAUUAUAUAUAUCAAAAACAAACACCUGUAGACAAUCAAAAAAGACAUCAAAUGUGCCUUGUGUCCGGACGGCAGACCAGCAUCACAAUCAGCCUGACUCUGCAGUCGGCGUUCAGUGCGAGCCAGCACAAAUCUCAAGGCUUCGAGUGGGCAGAUACGAAUCAGUCAGGAAAAAUAGAAGAGAUGAGUUUAUUAUUAUGAUCUCCUUUCUGUCCAUUCUGACCCCUUGGUUUCUUUGGCCCACAGUCUCCUUGCCCCAAACUCACUGUAUGUACGUACUUAAUACCUGUUAAAAUCAACAGAAAACUGUCUGCAACAACUGUGCGCUGGAGUCUUUGACAAGACGUGUUGUUUUAUGCCCCAGCUAUCCUUACUUUCACACACCUCCGCAGUCAAAGCUUUGUGCAUGGGAGUGCUGGAUGACCUUAUUGCAACUCUGUGGCUCUUUUUUGGGGGGUACUGCACAUCUGACCCUCAGGACUGGUUUGUAGUCUUUGCCAUGUGGCUACAGAGAUUUAGUCGAGUUUUGUCUAGGCAGGAGAGUAAUAUGUUCAGUAUUAUCCUCUCGAGGGGUUCAGUUUGCGUUGUUUUUUUAGUGGGGUUUUUGUUUUUUCAAAAUUUCAUCAUCAAUAGUGAAUCGAAGUCAUACUUCCCUUUAAAAAGAUACAGGUUUCUGACAGCUUUUGGUGUCAAUUUUUGAAGACAAAACAAUUUGUCUUGUUUUUUUUCCCUAUUCCAUCUGGGGAACUUGAAGUUUCACUGUUUACAUUUAACUAAAAAACAAGAACAAGUUUUUUUAUGGGAAAAUUUGUACAAAACAUUUUGUAUAAAAAGAGAAAAAAACUAAAAUGAAAAAUGAAAAGGGGCUUUUCAGUCAGUCUGCUGUACUGUAUCUCACUUCAAAACAACUUUUUCUACUAAACUCAAAAUUGCAUGUGAAUAACUUCUGAAAUUUGAAUCUUAAAAGUUUUUUGAAUGUAAUGUGAUGGAAUCCAACCUGUAAUGCUAUUAAGUUAAGGGUAAUAUGGGAAAAACAUUCGUUCUUUUAACUCCCACCCUUCCCCUCCCACACAAAGGCAAUCAGUACAGUAAUGUACCUGAAUGUCAGUACAGAGAGUCUCCAGUUCAGUCGAGUUCAGUCAGGUUUGUGAUGUGCA